AUAAACGAUGUGUUGCGCGGGGUGUCGGUCUGUUCUUUAUUCAAUGCUGACUACUUGAUAUUUUAGGCUUGCCUGUAUACAUUGUAUGCGCAAUGCUGAAAUACUUAGUAGCUCUCCUUUCAAUGGUCUUGGCUGUAUGGACGGUGCCCGAGUGGCUCACAUUCCCGAUUUAUGGCAAUAUCUUGAAUGCAUUAGAUUCAUGGCUGCAGCAGCCACUCAGAGAUCUGUCAUCUUCACCUGGUCGCAUGCUGACCGAGGAUGACCUGUCCUUAUACAGUGGAGCGCAGGGCAGUAAGGGACUGUACCUGGCGAUUUUAGGACAGGUGUUUGACGUUGAAAAGGGGAGGAAACACUACGGACCUGGCGGCGGUUACCAUUUCUUUACAGGCAGAGAUGCAUCAAGGGCGUUUAUCACAGGAGAUUUCACUGAGGCUGGCUUAUCUAGUGAUGUCUCAGAUUUCUCUGACUCUCAGAUUGUGGCUCUUUAUGAUUGGCUAGCAUUUUAUCAGAAGGACUACACUCCAGUAGGUAAACUGAUAGGCCGAUUCUACACAGAGACUGGACAGCCCACAGAUGCUCUGAGGCAGGUGGAGGCCUUCUUGUCGGAGGGUUUGAAAAAGAAGGCCCAAGCUCAGAGUGAGAUGCAGCUUUACCCUGCCUGUAACUCAGAGUGGAGCGAAGCCAGCGGGGGGCGAGUAUGGUGCUCUACAAUGAGUGGCGGCAUUCACAGAGACUGGGUCGGUGUACCCAGAAUGCUCUUCUCCCCUGGAUCCAUCCACUCCCGAUGUGUAUGUAUUCAAACAUCCGAUCCUGUGCACUCAGAGAACCGGAACCUGAGAGAGUACAAGGACUGCCCCCCUCAUGCAGAGUCUUGCCGUAUCACCAAAGACUGA